UUGACGGUUCCAAUUAUAAGUUUUAGGUUAAGAAAAGAAUACAUUUCCAGAUUGUCUUCGAGCCACUUUUGCAAUAUUAUUACUCCCCUAAAGGCACUAGCAGAAUUCUCAAAGUUUUCACACAUAAAGAAUUGAGCAGAAAUGUCUCAACUAAGCACCAAGCAGAAGCUUCUGAACAUUAUUGAUGACAUCGAGUUAAUUGCCAAGGAAUUAAUUGAGAACGCUAUCGCCCCAAAAGCUAACAAAAUCUCCGGACAGGAAUAUGCUCAACUGACAGAGUUAUUGGUGGCAAAAGAUACCGAAUUAAAAGACACUUUGAAACUAGCCUACGAGCAAGGACAAAUAAACAAAAAGAUCGAGGUCGUAAAGGCUGAAGUGGAAAAGCAAGAUCAGGAAAUCAGUAAAUUGCAAAAGCAGCUCAAAGAAGCUGAGCAAAUAUUGUCGACAGCAAUCUAUCAAGCCAAUCAGAAGCUCCAAAGCAUUGCUUUGGCGAAAAAGCGGCCAGUGUCUUCUGAGGAAUUGAUCAAAUUCGCCCAUAGAAUUAGUGCUUCCAAUGCAGUGUGUGCCCCUUUAACAUGGCAACAAGGUGAUCCACGAAGACCAUAUCCAACUGAUAUAGAAAUGAGGCUGGGAACGUUGGGAAGGCUGAGUGAUCCAGUGAAUGGACAUAUUUUACAACAACAGUCCUCUAUGAGUGAUUUACAUCGAUCUGGCCCUGCCGGAGAAGUUCCGGCGUCUAAUCAGAACCAAUUCGCCUGGCAUCCAUCUGGAGAAAUCCACAUCAGUGUAGGGCAAGGCACAGUAGCGAUGGACACGCGAAAUCACAAGCAGGAGACUGAAGAUGUUGAAGUUAUGUCAACGGAUUCAAGCAGCAGCUCAUCAAGUGAUUCUCAAUAGCAUAUUAAUAGGAUACGGACAAAAUAAUUAUAAUAUAUUAUUAUUUACGUUAAUAGUUUAUAGUUUAGUGUUUAACUUACAUUUUUAAUUUCCCGCUCGGCUGCAGAGUGAGAGCUGUUUAAAACGAUUUUUUUUGUAAUAAAAACUUUAUUUUAA